AUUCGCUGCCUGCGCUCCCAGGGCCAAGUGUAGUGGGCACAGCACCACCAUGCCACGCCAGGAGGACUUUGCGGUGCUGCCCCCAGCGUUGCACCAUCUAUGGCCUAGUCCGCUUGCAAGAUGGACAACUUUGAAUACAGCAUCCAGCUGAAUGACCGGGAUUGGGCUGAAUUCUAUUUGGCCUCUGAAGAAUGCAGCUUGAGCCAGCCAGCCUUGGCCACAGAUGAAGAGCAGGUUCUCAGUGACAUUGAGGAAGGGGAGUGCGAGGAGAUCAGGUUGACUGGAUGGAGGGUGGACCCUCUCCUGCCCCAUGACACUGCCAGCUGCCUCUCACAUGGAGCCUCCAGCGCACACCUGCUUCCAGAAGACCUUUUGUCCGGCAGCAAGGACGAAACAGAUCUAGGUUCAGUCAGCAGAUUUCUGUGCAACGACAACCAAUCUAGCACGGCUUUUCAUCCGUCUUCCGGGACCCAGGAGAGUCUUUGUGUCACUUUGAAACCAUUGGAAAGUCAGCGUGGGAUGGCGAGGCCGGUCUCAGAAAAUGAGGCUGUGUUUGCUGCCAAGGAAGGAGAACCUGAGACAGGAGAUUGGGCCAGAACUCCUAACUGUGCCUUACCAGCAGUGGCAGUCCCUUCCGUCCAAGAGGAACACUUGCAAGAGCAAAGCCCAAGGAAAGAAGCAGUGGAGAGACCUCUGCAGAGGAGCUUGGAUGCCCCAAAGGGGAUGAAUGGCACAGCAGGAGAAAAUGGAAGUGACCCCAUCUCUUUGCAGUUACAGCCCUCCCAAAAUGAUGCCUCACAGACUGCCUCUGUAAACACUCAGUGGUUGGAGAAUCGUGGGAAAAGCACAGAGGAAAGGUUGAGUAAGAGAAGAGAAGAGGCUCUAAACAGCAAAGGUGAGAAAGAAGCUGACCGUAGCAACAGCUUAAGCUGUGGCAUCAUAAAAGAGAGAGACCAAGUUGGCCAGGCGGAGAGCUCUCCUUGUGAUAAUGUGGUACCACUCUUUCUAGAAGGAAACCAGUAUGUAAGACCAACACAAGAAGCUGAUUCCAGCUAUGAUGAAACAUUAGCUAAAGGAAGAGAAACUGCUUCAUUAGCUGGAAUGGCAGAAAAGGACAACGGUGGGGAACCGUGCUGCAAUCUCAGAAUGGCUCAGCCUUUCGAAAAGGAGUUUAAUCCUGCAAUUCAAGGUGGCCAGAGUUAUAACCCUGGGGGAAAGUCUGUACCCUUUUGCCUGACAUCUCAGGGCUCUCCAGAAACUUGGGAAGAAAGAAGAAACAGGUGGGAGGGGGUAGGAGAGGAAGGACCAGUUUCAUAUUCUGUCCCAGAGUUGCCCAGUAUGUAUGGGCCUGAAAUGUAUGAAUAUUUUUUCGCUGACAUAGACGAGGCCCAUAUGAAUAAGGAUAGUGGCAGAAAAGCCACAGCACCCAUGACAUUCCUCAGCUCUGGCCCUCAGUCAGCUCCACCUAGUGGCACAGAGGACCCAAACUCUGAGAGGGCUGGCGAUGCCACGCACAUCUCCAUCCCUGAGGUCUACGAACACUUUUUUGAAAACAGUGCAAGGGACAAGAGAAACUGGAGAGCAGUUUUCAUCAGCAUGCCAGCCUCUGAGGCACGGAAAGCUGCAAGGGCUUUAAAAUCCUUUCUGUGCAGACGUGCGCGCCAUGUCAGGUCCCAGCCCACGACUCAUGGGGCUCUGGUCCGGAGAGCAUCCCAAGGAACAUUGGUGCUCCUAUCACCCAGGCUCUUAGAUGAAGUCCACCCAAGGCCAGAAGACCUACAAAUGGCUGUAAUGGAACCAGAAAGGCCCCUCCAGGCAGUUCUCACGCACAGGGACAUGUGCCUAGGCUUUGUGGCCUUUGCUUCGUGGGCCGUGAAGACCUCCGACCUGCAAGCCCCGGACGCUUGGAAGAUUGUGCUGCUGGCGAAUUUCGGCACCCUUUCGGCCAUCCGCUACUUCAGGAGGGCAGUCAUCACAGAAGCACAGCAUGGAACCUAAGACGCACAAGUGGCUUUAAAAGCAUGCCAGGGUUUCUUCGGAAGCACCGAACCAACCUUUUGCCCUCUUGGAUUUCUGGACUGCUUUUGGUGUGACACUCUACUGGAUGAAGAGGAAAAGAAGUGAGAGAGAAUCUAUAGGGGCCCAAGGAAAUGCAGCAAAGUCAGGGAGGCACCUCAAACCUCCAUUUCUUCUCAUAGUUGGGAACGUAUCUUCAACCCAAGGGAGAAGGUGGUCUAUAAAUAAGUAAGUCAAGUACCAUCUGGUUGGUAGCUUAGUUAGACAGCUGCACGCAAUAGACCCAGUGGCUAUAGAGUAACUGGAAGGUCUUACCUCCCCCUCUCUCUUUUUUAAAGGAGGACACUGGAAGGAUUUGGAAGAGAAUUUGAUAGUGUUGUUCAAAAAGAAACUAGUCUAGUAGAUAAGUCACUAGAAGGGUAGUCUGACUAAACGGGUUGCUUUUAACUAGGAGAAAAGGAAGGUAGGCAUGAAAGCGAGAUGGAAGUAUUGACAGCUUCCAUAGACGAAUGUUUAAAAAGAAGACCAAAGGGAAGACGGAUGAAAGUAUCAGCUGAGGACAGAUGCAUGAAAUGGAAAAUAAUAAUAAUAAUAAUAAUAAUAAUAAUAAUAAUAAUAAUAAUGGUUUAUUUCUAUUCCGCCUUUUCCGCACGGAAUCAAAGCGGAUUACAAGAAUAUUAGAUACAAAAAAAUAAUCAUACAGUAAGAAAGUUUUAAGAGGGCAAUUGCCCCAAACGUAAGAGCCUUUUAAAUACAGGUUGAGUAUCCCUUAUCCAAAAACCCGAAAUGCUCCCAAUUCCAAAACUUUGUCCAUGAGUGGCUGGGGUAGUGACACCUUUGCUUUCUGAUGGUUCAAUGUCCACAGACUUCGUUUCAUGCGCAUAGUUAUUAAAAAUGUACAUGAAACAGAAAUAAAUUUCAUGUUUAGACUUGGGUCCCAUCUCCAAGAUAUCUCAUUGUACAUAUGCAAAUAGUCUAAAAUCCAGUGAACGAACGAACGAACGAACGAACGAACGAAUAACCAAAACACUUUUGGGAUACUCAACCUAUAUUCUAAAACAUCUUGAAGACAUCUAGCCAUGUUCUAUAAAAGAGUGAGCAAAUGGACAUAUUCUUGUUUUUAAAUAGUAGUACAUGUAGCGCUGGCCAUCCUUUCGACCUGAAGACUUCUGUCCUUUUCAGCAGUACUGGCUAAGUACAGGAUUUUGAAAUGAUGAUGAUGAUGA